GUGAGGCGGCGGGAUCGCUCUCCGUGCUGCGCCGUCCCGCCCCGGCGGCUGAGGUGAGCGGGGACCGUGGGCGUCCGCCUGCCAGCGGCUCUCGUCACCCGGAGACGGGUGUCCCCUAAUCGUGCUUCCAUCAGCCUCGGCGGGGGCGUAUAAAAGGAGCGGUGGCGGGCGAGGCGGGCAGAGCGCGGCGCUGCCCCCCGCCCGCCGCCGGCCCCAUGCAGCCCGCCAUGAUGAUGUUCUCCAGCAAGUACUGGGCGCGCAGGGGCUUCUCGCUGGACUCGGCCCUGCCGGAGGAGCGCCCCGCCGCCGGCAGCCUCACCCUAAACAGAUCGAGUUCUGGGAAAAAUGAAGAAAAGAAAGGGAAUAAGGGAAAUGGGAAAAGUGAAUCUGCUUCUGAAGGUGGAAAGACUGCUGUGGUGUUUUCCUUGAAGAACGAAGUUGGUGGACUGGUGAAGGCUCUCCGACUCUUCCAGGAAAAACAUGUGAGUAUGGUUCAUAUUGAAUCACGAAAAUCAAAGAGAAGGAAUUCAGAGGUGGAAAUUUUUGUGGACUGUGACUGCAGUAAGAAAGAAUUUAAUGAAUUAAUCCAGUUGCUCAAGUUUCAAACUAAUAUAGUAUCUCUCAAUCCACCAGAAAACAUCUGGACUGAUGAAGAAGAUCUUGACUGUGUCCCAUGGUUCCCCAGGAAGAUCUCUGAGUUAGACAAAUGCUCUCAGAGAGUUUUGAUGUAUGGAUCUGAGCUGGAUGCUGAUCACCCUGGAUUUAAGGACAAUGUCUAUCGACAGAGAAGAAAGUACUUUGUGGAUGUUGCCAUGAGCUAUAAAUAUGGUCAACCCAUUCCCAGAGUGGAGUACACAGCUGAAGAAGUUAAAACUUGGGGGGUGGUAUUUAGGGAACUCAGUAAACUCUAUCCCACACAUGCUUGUCGUGAAUAUUUAAAAAACUUUCCUCUGUUGACCAAGUACUGUGGAUACAGAGAAGAUAAUGUUCCUCAGUUGGAAGAUGUUUCUAUUUUUCUUAAAGAAAGGUCUGGCUUCACAGUGAGACCAGUUGCUGGAUACCUGUCUCCCCGUGAUUUUUUAGCUGGCUUAGCCUACAGAGUCUUCCACUGCACUCAGUACAUACGGCACGGCUCAGAUCCUCUGUACACACCGGAACCGGACACUUGCCAUGAACUCUUGGGACAUGUACCUCUACUUGCUGAUCCAAAAUUUGCACAGUUUUCACAAGAGAUAGGACUUGCUUCACUGGGAGCAUCUGACGAAGAUGUUCAGAAAUUAGCCACUUGCUAUUUCUUUACGAUUGAAUUUGGCCUUUGCAAGCAAGAAGGACAAUUGCGUGCUUACGGGGCAGGACUUCUGUCUUCUAUUGGAGAACUAAAGCAUGCUCUCUCAGACAAGGCCAACGUGAAAACAUUCGAUCCAAAGACAACCUGUUUGCAAGAAUGCCUUAUCACUACUUUCCAGGAAGCUUACUUUGUUUCAGAGAGUUUUGAAGAAGCCAAAGAAAAAAUGAGGGACUUCGCCAAAUCAAUCAAUCGUCCCUUCUCUGUGUAUUUCAAUCCAUAUACACAAAGCAUUGAGAUUCUGAAGGAUACCAGGAGUAUAGAAAAUGUUGUCCAGGACCUCCGCAGCGAUCUAAACACUGUAUGUGAUGCUUUAAGUAAAAUGAACAGAUAUUUAGGGAUUUGAUAUGUUUGGCACUGUGAUUUGCUAUCUGUUACUCUUUCUGUAGCCAUUUACAUCACGUGAUAUGGCUAGUUUCUCAAACCCGUCAGCUGUCCCCUUUACAGCUUGGCCUGUGCCUUGCAUCGUUGUGUAGCUCUAAUUGUAAUGUGCAGACAAACCAAGGCAAUGCUAAUUUGUAAAUGCAACAUGGAAUGUGGCAGAAUAUAAGCAUCAAUUCCUCAACACAAUGUCAUGUACAAGUAUACCAUUAAAAACUUUCCUGGCAAUGGUUUGGUUUCUAUAAGAUAAUUUACUUCAAUGUUUAAGAAAUGGUGUUGCUGAUUUCAUUAGGUCUGAGUUUAGUUCUUCAUUAUCCCUUCCCUUCCACGAGAAUCCAGAAAAAAAUUGUUUGCAACAUUUUCAUUUUCUUUGUAAGAAAUCUGUACUUCUUUCUAUAGCGGGAAAGACACUGUUUUGUCCAUAUAUCUGUAAGAGAACUUAGAGUCUCUUGUGACUGAGCAUUACAAUUUAUAUACCAGUGCUGAGAUCGGGAAGGCUAUGUAUUGGUACUAAAAGGUCUGUGAAGAUUAUACAUUUUGAGAGCUCACAACUGACAAAAGUUCAAUGUGGCUGAGGAAUUACAACACAGUAAAAAAAAGGAACCUCCAACAAUUCAUGUAGCAAGGUAGUUGUAGUUCACACGUGUUACUUGUGAGUCCUGAGUAUGCUUCCUCUGAGAGUGCUAUCUGGAAAUAAGAGAGGAAGCRCUUGUUUUAAUUUCAUUGUUAUAUGUGAAUCUAUAUUAUACAUCCCUGUAUUGUCUUCUGCAUUCCCUUGUGUCUUGAACCUACUUCUCUUUUAUUUCAUGUGUAGUUUGCCUUUCCUCAUUAUUCCACAUUCAGCCUUGACUUGGCCAUGCAUGACUAGGUCUGCGUUGUGUCAGUAUCAGAACAUAUAAAAGGGUGAAUAUGGAAGUUGUUAUUUAAUU